ACCAAGGAGACUUAGGGGUCCCGGCUCCUCUCCUGAGCCACGCGUGAUUGGCUGGAAGUGGUAAUGAUUACAUCAGCAGGCACUGGUUCAUUCGCUACCCCGGGUGGCGCAAUCCCAGGGCGGGGUGGUAUAAACGUAGAAGCAGGCUCAGAUUAAAUAGCAGAUCUCGGCUCCGCGCACCUCCUAGAGGCGAUCUCGCGCCCCACGAAACACACUUUCAUUUCUGAUGGCUCUGGCGGCUGUCACCCCGCGGCAACCUGGACAGCGAACGCUGCCGGACCGCACCUGGCAGCGGAGACAGAGGACACCGGCCUCCUCGAGCUCCCGGGGAGGGUGCACCCAGGGCCCCAGGCCUCGGCUCCGGGGCCCCUGGGCUCUCAUCUUCGUCGUCUUGGGUGUCUUGCUGUUGGUCAAACCUGCUUCAGCCAUUUCUAUAAGGAAGGAUGAAGUUCCCCAGCAGUUAUCAGCCCCACUGGAAUGGAUCCGCCAACAGAACUUAUGUCCACCAGGAUUCUAUAUGGAAGAAGUCAGUGGAGGUUGUGCCCCUUGCACCGAUGGGACAGACUACACCAAUCAUUCAAACACCCUCCCUUCUUGCUUACCUUGCACGACUUGCAAAUCAGAAGAAGAAGAAAAAAACCGCUGUACCUCCAGCAAGGACACUGAGUGUCAGUGCAAACCCGGCACUUUCCGUGGAGAAGAUGCACCUGAAUUCUGUCAAAAAUGCAGCGCCGGGUGCCCUGAUGGGAAGGUCAUGGUCAUGAACUGUACCCCCUGGAGCAAUGUCAAGUGUGUGGACCAAGAAUCAGGCACUUCACCGCUGGUGACUAACAUUUUCACUGGACUUGGAAUCACAGUUGUAAUCACCUUUGUCCUAAUCAGAUGUGUUGUAUGUUGCUUCUCUAAAGACUCGGGGUGUCCCGCUUGCAGUCACAGGCCCGGGGCUCUUUGUUCAGUGUCUGUCCCUGGGGAGGGAGGUGCGGCCAGAGGGCCCUCCCCACCACUCAGUGGCGUCUCUUCUCUCCGAGGUUGCUUUGGUGAGUGCUGCCACAAGGAAAAGAAGCUGACAGAAGACAAUGCCCAGUCCCAAGAUGAAGCAAGCAGAGAGUCUGGUGAUCCUGCAUUGGUUUUGUUUUGCUUAUGGCUGCCUGUGCCAGAAUUUCAGAACCAUGUUUACGAGGCUCAGCUCUGUAAUCUAGGGCCCUCGAUGAAGACCAAGGCUGCUCUCCAUUGUGUUUUACAGAAACCAGCAGCAUCUGAAGGAUCUCAGGGGAGAAGAUGGCUGCUGGUUCCAACAGACGCCACAGAAAGCCUGAAGCUGUUCUUCAGUGACUCUGCAGCUAUCUCUCCCUUGUGACUUCUGUGAUUUGCUCCUGAGGCAGAUGGGCCUCACAUGAAAUGAGGUCCUUUGGCCAGAGAAUAGGCCUGGGUUUCUCCAGAUGCCGUGUGUGAAAUGCUGUCAGUCACCAAGAAGGGACAGGAGACCUCAGUCAACACCUUGCUGGAUGCUUGGAAAUGCUGGGGCAAAGACUGACAAAAGAGACAAUUCAAGAGCGCCUGCUGAACUCAGGAAAGUAUUAACAUGUUUAUGAAGAAAGUGAGACAGGCUGUGCUGUGCCCUAAGCGUUUGAGGACCUCAAUCUUUCCCUUCAGGACACACUCCUAAUUGACUUCUACUUUUUAUUUGUAUUUGUUUGAAAUUUGUUAUUCAUGUUAGUAUGUAUGCAUUCAAUGACGUUAACUUAUAAUGAAAGCGUUAGUCACUGAGUCAUGUCCAGCUCUUUGCGACCCCAUGGACUGUAGCCCACCAGGCUCCUCUGUCCAUGGGGUUUCUCCAGGCAAGAAUACUGGAGUGGGUUGCCAUUUCCUUCUCCAGGGGAUCUUCCCUACCCAGGGAUGGAACCUGGGUCUCCUGCACUGCAGGCAGACUUUUUACCAACUGAGCCACCAGGGAAGCCCCAUAACUUGUAAUAUACAUCAUUAAAGUGCAAACAUCUUGUAUGUCUUUGUACUUUUAUGUUUGUGCACAUAGUUAUAUGUGUUGAAACAACGUUUUGGAAAUAUAAUUUCUAGGCUGUUUAUGUGGGCUACCUGGUUGAGCACUGGCAAUCCAAAGCAAUUAGAAAUACAAAAGGAGGGCAUUCCCUGGCUGUUCAGUGGGUAGGACUCUGCGCUGAGAGCCCUGAGUUCAAUCCCUGGUCAGGAAGUAAGAUCCCAUAAGCCACGAGGCAAAAACAAACAAACAAACAAAAACCUACAAAACAGCAGCAACAACAAAGGAGAGCAAGCCCACUGCUGGGGGAAUUUGACCAGUUGGGAAUUGCCUGGCGACUUCUACAGGGUCCAGGCUUUAAACAUGGCAACUUUAUAGUUGUGUGAAUAUUCGUACUUUUUAUAGGGAGAUGUUGACAAGUGAGCAGAGCGGGAGAAGUGGCACGCCCACGCAGCGCUGUCUGGUGUCCGUGAGCGGGGCUGUGAUCCCCUGGGCUUCCUGUUGCUCACCUGGGAAGUCAGGGUGGGGCGUGGGUUAGAUAUGAGUGUCUGAUAGUUUCUGUGUCACGUCUGGUCUUAUCACCGACCUUCAUUCCAUCUGGGCUCAAGGAAGAGGACAGGGAUCUGCCAUGUUUUCUGGGAGGAAGAAUGGACGGGCUCCUGGGUUAUGUUCAGUGUUGGCUUGCUCAGCACUAGAUGGGUCCCCCUUGAUACUGGUGCUCUGAGCCCAGAAUUGCCUUUCUGUGUUUGAAUUGGCUAAUUAAGGGUCUCAGCCCCUCUGUAAGCUUUGACCUUCUGCAGGAAAGACACAGAAAUGCUGAUUCUUAAAUACUGUGAGAACUGACCCAAAAUGCCUACUAUAUUAGGGUUUUGUCUUUUUUUUUUAAUUAAAAAAGUUGUUUUUUUUUUUUUACUUCUGCUAAACCUUCUCCAUAGUAUUCCAAUCACUGCAGAAUAAUUUAAUGGCAGAAGCAAUUCUCAGGGGGUUUUUGGUCUAAUCCAUCUCAAGGCUUGUGUGUUGUCUUCCCUUAGGUUGACGUGACUGGUGUGGUCAAAACUGGAAUUGCCUAAAAUUUAGGUACAAAUGGAUCCAGUGUGUGGAGUUCCCCUGUGUUUUUAGAAGGGCUGAUGCCCAUGGUCUUUGUGCUACAUCCCUCUGGCCCUGAUGUCCCUCCCUUUCCUGGAAGUCAGGUGUUUCCUGUCUUUGCUGUUUCUUCUGUGAGGACACUCUGCCUUCAUCCCCAGAAGGAGAUAGAAAUGAAUUCUUGGGACUUCCCUGGUGGUUCAGUGGUUAAGACUCUGCACUCCCAAUGCAAGGAGCCCGGGUUCAAUCUCUGGUUGGGGAGCUGAGGUCCCACGUACCACAGCUAAGCACGUGCUCUGCAACUACUGAGCCCACGUGCUGUAGAGCCUGCACAUCACGACUAGAGAAGCCCGUGUGCUGCAAUGAAGAGUCUGCACAGCUGUAAUAAAUAAGAUACCAUAAAAUUUGAAACUGUCACCUAUAUACUACAAAAAGCAUGUCCAUUUGUAAAACUGUUUAAAAAAGUAGUCGUGUUAGGUCACUUGUCCCUUUCUCAGAAGACUUCCUUGAGUGCCCAUCUGAAGUAUCAGCCUUGUCAGUAUUUGUCAUGUAUAUUCAUUUGUACACGUUUCUUGUGUGUUUUACUAAUGAGAAUCUUCAAGAAACGUGAAACUUGACUCCUUUGUUACUUUCCUGUGGGUGCUUAGUCGCUCAGUCGUGUCCGACUCUGCGACCCCGUGAACUAUAGCCUACCAGACUCCUCUGUCCAUGGGAUUGAUUCUCCAGGCAAGAAUACUGGAGUGACUUGCCAUUUCCUACUCCAGGGGAUCUUCCCGAUCCAGGGAUCGAACUCGCGUGUCCUGUGUCUCCUGCAUUGCAGGCGAGUUCUUUGCCUGCUGAGCCAUCCGGGAAGCAUUACUGCUUUAUGCCAAUGCAAGUGUGACAAUUUAAAGUUUACUUGAAGACUGGAUGCCUGUUCAGGUUCCUCCCCAGUAAUGAAUGUGACCAAAUUAAAUAUGCAAUGUCAUAUAGAAAUUUUAUAAUUUUAUAUAAAUGUGCAAUUUUAUGAUUUUGAACCAAAUUGAAUAUUCAAUGUUAUAUACAAAUUUUGCAAUUUUCUAUAAAUAUGCAAUUUAAAGAAUUUGUGGUCAAAUAUGGAAUGUUAUAUAAAAAUUUUAUAUAAAUAAGCAAUUGGAUGAAUUUGUGACCAAAAUAAAUGGCAGUUACAUAGAAAUUUUGCAAUUUUAUGUAAAUAUGCAAUUUUAUGACUGUGACCAAAUUAAACAUGUGCUGUUAUAUACAAAUAUUAUAAUUUUAUAUAGUUUUAUACAUUUUGACAAAUGUGGAAUGUUAUAACAAGCAUAAGAACUAUUAAAAUUAUGAAAUUAUAAAGUUUUCUAUAAAUAUACAGUUUUAUGAAUUUGUGACCAAAUUAAAUAUGUAAUUUUACA